UACAUUGAGGGUGGCUGAAGUAUCAGCUGUGGUCCAUGUUGUGUUGUGUGUGGUGGAGGCUGGUGGGCGCUCCUCUGCUCUCUUCAACCCCCUCGCCUUCAACAAUUGACUCUCUCUCGUAAUUAUUUUCUCCGAAACUAUGUUUACGUGAGUUGUGUGCUAUUUUAAGAUGGAGCUACAGUUGUGUAUCAUCCAAAGAUGAAGAUAUAAGAAAAUUCUAUGUUAGAAAUUGGUGAAAUCGUAAAAGUAGUAGUUCUUUGACAGCAGUUUCAUAUAAAUGAAUUCUUUCUUUUUAAGCAGUAGUCAUUACCUUUCCUUAAGCAGCAGUUACCUCUGUGCCUUUGGAAAAUGGAGUAUAACAAGAGAGAAAUGUAUAAAGCUCAAAGAAAGAUUAAAAGAUGCAUCAAUAUUCUUCAGAGUGAUAUGCCUGACAUCUAUAUCUCCCACACACCAACCAAGCAUGUUUUUAUAGCUAAUGCUGGGCUGACCACAAAUGCUGAUGAAUCUUCACUGGUUGAACUUAUUACAUCAAUUGGAUGUGGUCUGGAAGCUCUUACAUUAAUCCCAGGCAAGCAGUACAGCUUUGCCUCCUUCUCAUCCUCUGACCAAGCCCAGACUGUGUUACAGGCUGCUCAUGGCCAGCUUAAUGUACGAGGAUCUGCUUCUCCUGUAUAUAUGUCCUAUGUAAAUAAAGUGCCAUUAGAUCCAUCACCAAUACAGUUCAAGUUACCUCCAGGAUUGAUGGUCUUGGAGGAUUUUAUAUCGGCAAAGGAGGAGAUACAACUGAUGCACUUAAUUGAUUGGGGCGAUAACCCUCUAGACACGGCUGAAGGAAGCAUUCUGAAACAUCGUCAAGUUCGUCACUUUGGCUAUGAGUUUAAAUACAGCAGUAACUCGGUUGACAAAGAAAAUCCUUUGGUUCAGAAAAUUCCACCAGACUUGACACCCAUUAUCAAGAGAUUUGUUGAACAGGGUUGCAUGCCAGUUGUCCCAGACCAGUUGACUGUCAAUAGAUACCUCCCAGGCCAGGGAAUACCACCCCAUGUGGACACGCACAGCUCAUUCACAGACGAGAUUUUGUCGCUGAGUGUAGGUGGCGGAGUAAAUAUGGACUUUCGCCACACAUUUAGCAACAGUGAAGAAACUAAAGACAAGCCACGCCACUAUGUUGUUUACCUCCCUCCAAGAUCACUGUGUGUCAUGACUGGACCAGCAAGAUAUGAGUGGUCACAUGGCAUUUGUCCACGCAUGACGGAUGUUGUUCCUAACAAGAAUAGCACCACUGGGUUGCAGCUUUUACCUCGCGAAGAACGAGUAUCAUUUACAUUCAGAAAGAUUCGCCAAGGAGAAUGCGGUUGCCAAAAUUCCAGUGUUUGCGAUUCUUACAAGAAAUCAAAGUGUUUAUCACAAGAUGAAAAAAGCAACUGUGCUUCUCCUACUAUGCUAGAUGACAGGAGUGCUGCCAAGUUGGAAAGAGACCAUGUGCUUCAGGUGUAUGAUCAGAUAGCAGAGCACUUCAGUGUUACCAGACACAAACCGUGGCCACAAGUGUUAGAGUUUGUUUGUUCGUUACAAUUGGGAUCGUUCUUUCUGGAUGUUGGAUGUGGAAAUGGCAAAUACAUGGGUCAUAACAACCAACUUUUCCAGAUUGGUUGUGACACCAGCUCAGAACUGAUGAAAAUUUGUAACACUCGAGGCUUUGAAGUUUUAACAUGCAACUGUUUGCAGUUACCCUUUAGGGAUUAUUUGUUUGACGCCGUCGUGUGUGUUGCUGUGAUACAUCACCUUGCAACUGAGGAACGUCGUGUUGCUGCAGUAGCAGAGAUUGUGAGAGUACUCAACGUUGGGGGACGUGGCCUUAUUUAUGUAUGGGCCAUGGAGCAGCAAAGGGGAAUGAAAAGGUCUACUUAUCUCAAGCAAAAUAAAGCUAAUAGGCAUGAUACCCAACAGGAUGAAUUAUUGUUGCAUGUUAACGAGAAACUAACAACAAGUGAGCAGACUUUGAAGAACAAAAAUGUUCAUGAAGGAGAGAAUAGAGAGAAACAUCAAGUUAGCACGGCAGUAAGUACAUCAGGUGCUUCUUCACUUCCAGUACAUAUCAACCGUACCGAAUUUGUGCAGCAAGAUAUGCUUGUCCCUUGGAAACUUAAGCCCCAGAGAAAGAAAGAAGCAAAUAGUGAUAACAAGGGACAGAAUGAAUGCGUGUGUAGAAUUUCACACAAGUGCAGAGAUAACAGAUACAGAAAUAACGGGCCUUCUUUGGAUAAACUACAAACAUCUUUAGAAAAUAUGAUAGUGUGUAACCAUAGUAAGUCAAAUAAUCAAGAACUCCAAGCAGAGGCAAAACCUGAUCCAGUUUUCCACAGAUACUAUCAUGUUUUUAAGCAAGGAGAAUUGGAAAACUUAUGCUCCCAUUUAAAUGUUAAUGUAAUUAAAUCUUACUAUGAUGAGGGAAAUUGGUGCAUUAUAUUUGAAAAGGUAAGUUGAAACUGUAUCUCAUUUAUUAUUGUUAAAAUUUGACAUUUGCUAAAUAGUUAGCAUUUAAUAAACAGUAUUAUCAUGUACGAGAUGCGUUAGUUGAUGACAAUCUCAUAACGUCAACAAUUUGCAUUCCACUAUAUCUUGACAGGCAGUGAGUUUUUACCUAGGCAGGGACAGUAAUGCAUGGAUUAAAAAAUGGCUCAGUAUUCAUAUCCAUAUAUAGAUAGAUUUUUCACUACUAUUUAUGUAUUACAGUACUAAUUAAACAAUUGUGAAAUAUGAAUAGAUCUUUAAUGUCAAACUGUUUGCUAUGGAACCCUUGAUACCCUUCAUCUUUAAAAUUGUUGAUCCAUUUGUAUGGAAUAUAUUAUCAGGAUGUAUUGUAGCCAUUAUUGGUUUCUUUGAUCACCAAAAUCAUAAUUUUCUUUCAUUAAAUCACGUUUUUAAAUAUAGAUAAAAAAAAUGCUUCCGAGUAGAUUUAGCAAUUUCUUGACGCAGUUUAGGAAGAAAUUAGCAGUGAUAGGUAUGUGGUCAUAUCUUGCAGACAUAUUAUGACAGACAACAUAGUUAUUAGUUAAUAAUUAAGAGAAAAAUCAACUUAAAGACUAGUGGCAAUAGAAGAGUUAGAUGUUAUUGGUUUUCUAUAAUAAGGAGUACAAACGAGUUAUCCCCCCCAAAAAAGGAAAAAAAACUCGCAAUUUUUAACAACCUGCCUUUAGCCGUGUGCUACAAUGCUGUUCACAACAUGUGAACAGCUAUGAUCAACUUCAGCUUAAAGAAUGCCUCAAACCUCAUGUGAUAACUCUCGGUUUAAUUUUAAGGUUUAAUGACACUCUUCACUGCCGGUAAACCACUGCCCUUAUAGCUUCCAGAUUAAUCAUGAAAAGAUUUAACAUUUUUAUACAUACAUGUAUGUAUGUAUGUACAGUAAAUGUGUGUGUGUAUAUUUGUAUAGAGUUGGUAGAUCACCGAUACAGUGAAAGGUUUCUAUGUACGUAGUAAUGAAUGUUUUAAGAGUUAAGUGUGUAAUGAGUGGCAGGUUUGAUGUUAAUGUAUUCACUGUAGUUAUUCAAUGUGAUAUACAUGGAUGUGGAUCAUAAGGGAAGUCAAGGUUUCAGCACUGCAUGUAAAUCUAGUAUAUACAGUAAGCAUAAUGUGAUUAUCUGAAAUGUAUAAAAUUUGAUGUAUACAGAUAAUCUUUCUUUUAGCAGUGUGUGAGAGUUAUAUGGACUAGAAUUUUUUUUUGACUAAAGUAUGUUACAGAAGACUUAAAAAUGAAUGUGGACAAAAGUAAAGUUACGGUAGUGGAGAAAAUUAAAUUUAGUGAAAUAAAUUGGUGAAUUGGUUGGAGUGAAGUGGUUGGUCAAGUUAAAUAUUUAUGAUGUGUAAUUCUGAAAGAGAUAUUUGGUGCAAUUGUAGGGAGCUGGUUCAAUGAAAGACCUUGUUAGGAAAAAUAAGAUGGGAAUAUAUGCAGCUCAGAGGCCUGAACAAUGAAAUGGUACUGUAGUACCACUCCAGUAUGCAGGCCUAACUCAUAAUGAACGCUUAUGAAAUGUGAUGUGAGAUGAACGUGAAAAAUAAAGAAAUAAGGUAGGAACAAUAGAUAAUUAAGAUUCAUGUGCAGUGUUAAAAGAGUAGAUAGAGUAAUUAGUGAAAAUGUCGUGCAGAUAUGUGGAGUGUAUUAAAGUAAUUGAAAAAAAUAAAUGGAAAUGGAAAAUGUUGGUAGGUGCAGGGAAUGAAGGUCAGGAAGGUGGGGGGGGGGAGGAGGGCCAGGUGAAAAACCUGGGAGAGAGUUUGAAGAACUCAAGGAUACAGGAAGAGACUGGCUUGAGGGAUGCCACUGUAAGGAGGAAUUGAAUAUACUUGUGUAUAAUGGCAUUUCAUGAGGCUCACUGUGCACCUGAUCUUACGAAGUGCUGCUAUGGAUGACUGCUGGUAUGUGGUAGUACUUGUUUAUUCAGGAUGUUAUAUGCAAUAUUAUUUAAUAAAUUAUUAAUGCCCCCUCAGUCACUCUCCAAGUCAUAAGCAGGGUUCUCAUAGGACACCUACGAUCUUGCCAAGCUCUCAUCAACGUGUGUUUCUGGCGACAUGUAACUUAUCAAAUGGUUUUGUCACCUAACUAAAGAGGGAAAGUGAAGAUAAAUUUCAUGUAGCUCCCUCAUUUGUGGCCCGAAAGUCCUUCUGCACUCCUCUUGAAUUGAGCUACUGCUCAAUACUGCUUUGACAGUACUUUAUGGAAUGCAUUCUUAAGCCUUGAUGUUUUUCUCUUUAAAUUCACACACAGCAUCUGCACCUGGAAUCUCUAGAGCUUUUCUGGUCUGCCCAGGUUUUUAUUACUAUUCAGAUGUGUUCUCGUCUAUCAUUCUUUUCAUUUGCUGGGCUGGUCAUUCACUUGCUUUGGUGGUGCAUGUUUUGCUUUGCAAUGAGGCUGCUUCACCUUAUUUAUUCUGUAAAUGGGGAUGCUUCCAUUCUGGCUUUGAGUAUUACGAAACUUCACUGAAUAGCUCUCAGGUGCUUCCUUAUCUUCCCUGAACAUCCUGAUUUUCAAUGCAUUUUUGGGUGACCUGGGCUUCAAGUAGAAGCUGCUUGCUUCUCUUCUCAGACCCUGUUAUGAUGAUGCUGCUGCCAUCUAGUGGUGCAGUAGUUAGCAAAGGAGUAACUAGCUAUCCCUCCAUUUCUAGUUAUUUCUCAAACAGUGUGUUGAUCUUUGACUUUCUAUGGUACAGUGUUAAUGAGGGCCCAUUUUGGUGGAUGAAUGAUGAUCCUCACUUGCUUUGACUUCUAAAUUAGAUGUCACAACAAUUUGAUACAAGUUGCUUGUCAGGCUUAGAUCAGUGAAAGCAUUGUGGGAGUGGAGUGUUCUUGGAGUGUUCUAGGAGUAUCCUGAUCAUUUACCUGAGGGCCACCAUCUCUAGAGGCCUUGAUGUGGACAGGAAGUUGGUGGCUUGUCAAAGUCCCCAACCCCCCUCCUUUCCACUUGUCUUCAUUUUACCCAACUGGAUUUUGAAUUGCAGCAAUGUUUUGGCAUUUAUAGCUUUGGCAGGUAGGUAGUAACAUGAGUUUAUUAUCCUUUUGGGUAAAAAAGCAUAUACUUUCUCUUAUGUUGUGACUCAUUGAGGUUGAAGCUACUGCUCCUUGUAUGUAUUACAUGUGAUAUUUUAAAGAAGUGGUUUGGUUCAGUAUCCUCCAAAUAGUUCAAUAUUUUAAAAGUUUCAAUGAGAUCAUUCUGGUCAUGUCUGGUUUGCAGUGUUAUACACAAAGUGUCAUCUUAUAAUAACAGACUUUUUAGUUUCUAGAUUAAUAGGAUUUAACAAAGUUUAAGCAUGCUUUCAAAUAUUUAAACAAUACACAUGCAUUAUAAAAGAUACUAAAAAUGUAAAAACAACUUUAUUCCUCUUAGAAUCAUAACUUUUCCAGGUAAUAAUCUUUCUCAAUUUCGAAUGCUUGAUUUUGGUUAUGAAAUUAUGAUAAAUUUUGAAAGGUUUACUAGUUUGUAGGGAUUUUUAGAAUAGUGUUCUUAAUGUGAAUGUAGCUGUGACCUUUGCAUGCAAAUUCAGCAGUCCAUUUGUAAUUUUACUGUAAGAAUGAUUUUAAGGUACAUGUACCUAUAAGUGCAUAAGAUGCACAAGUUUGCUAAAUAACUUCUGAUUUAAUUUUUUUAUUUAAGCUAGAUUAAAUUUAUUAAUAUUUGCAUUAGCUGUUGAAACUACAACCUCUUAACUAUUUAAUCCCAAUUUGUAUUUAAUCAACACUACUACUGAAAUUAGAUUUUUGUAAAUAUUUGUAUUUUAUUUUGUAAAUAUAACUCAUACUGCUGAAUUACCAUUUCCACUGUUACCUUGAAACUAUACAAAUAAGAUGGAUAUUCUGUACAGUAUAUAUAAUUAUAUAUACAGUAUACCAUGACAAUUUUGACUGAGUCUGCUUGUUGGAGGACUGCUAUAAAUCCUUAUUAUAACUCCUAGUCAUAGAUGUCUGAAAAGUGUUACGUAGUGUAAUACUUGGAGGAAGAAAAAAGUGGACUCGAGUACGUCCUUUAAUAUUUAGAAGGAAUCUAGAGCCUAAUCUGCUCUUGGAGAUCUUUUUAACUUUGAAGAACCAGAAAGAUAUUUUAUAUCACUGAUGAAUUUCACUUAGUGUGUGAUCAAAUUAAAGUUCCCAUUACCAGCUUUAUGAUGAUUAUGACUAAUAUUCUUUGUUGGAAGUUUCAGAUGCCCACAAGUACAGUAAUUUCUGGUGUGCAAGAUAAAUAUUUAUUGAAUAUAUUGCAUAUAUCAUUUAUUAUGGAAGUAAAAAAAAAUAGGGAGAUAUUUAUAAAUACUGAAGUAAAUUGAUACUGUAGCAACUCAUAAUAGAAGUGCUGACAUUGUAACAAGUAGGUAGGUAGGUGUAAUGUCAUCCUUUCUGCCAACAUAAUGUAACAAAAUCAUGUCAAAGCUAUAAAUUUGAGGAAUUUCAAUAAAACAUUAAUAAAACUAUCCAAUUUCAAUUAUAACUAAGUAAAUGUUACUGUAAAAAAGUUCUUCACUAAGUAUUGAUUAAUCUUUGACUAUUGCAGGUGGGUCAUUUUUGUUGUGUUCCCAAAUUAAUGUUCUUUGUUAUAGAGAUAAGCAACAGGUUCAGUAGAUCAAACUACUGUAAUAUAAAUAAAUUGUAAUCCACAA